CAUGUGACAUACCAAGGGACAGCUCCAGCACCAGCAGCAUCUACAGCAAGGACGGCAGAGCAUCACAAGGAGGAGGAGCUGCUGCUUCCCAGACAAUACAAUCCGCACUCACUGCAUGUAUACACUAUACACAUCUCUGUGCACCGCAUACAUGUCACACAGGCCAGCUCCCCACCACCACCAGCCUCUGCAGUCUCCAAGGACAGGCACCAAGAGCCUCAGACAUCCUGCUGCUGGCAUCUUUGUCUCUACCAUCUCAUGCUGACAGAAGCCGGAAUGCUUCUCUAAAUCUGAAGUGUGAAGACUCAGAGGAACCGACCUGGACGAUGCCUUCUGAGAUAUGCCUCAGUACUCAAGAAAUGUUAACAGGUCAGAGGCAAUGCCAGUCCAUGUCACACAAAGAUGCUGUUCUGUCUGCAUUAAAUCAGCAGAGGAAUGAUGGUAUACUAUGUGAUGUCACUCUUGUUGCUGAAGAGCAGAAGUUCCAUGCCCACAAGGCCGUAUUGGCAGCCUGCAGUGAUUACUUCCGGGCAAUGUUCAGUCUGUGCAUGGUUGAAAGUGAAGCAGAUGAAGUCAACUUACAUGGGGUCACCAGUCUUGGAUUAAAACAGGCUCUUGACUUUGCCUACACUGGACAGAUCCUAUUGGAGCCAGGGGCGAUUCAAGAUGUUUUGGCAGCUGGCAGUCACUUGCAGUUACUUGAGCUCUUGAACCUUUGUUCUCAGUAUCUAAUCCAGGAAUUAAAUAGCUUUAAUUACUUGGACCUGUAUAAACUAGCUGACUUGUUUAAUCUGACACCGCUGGAGACAGCAGUGGUGGACUUUCUAGUAAAGCACUUAUCUGAACUUUUAAAAAGUCACCCAGAAGAAGUUCUUGCACUGCCCUUCCGUCUGCUCAGAGAGGUCCUGAAGAGUGACCAGCUAACAUCACUUAGUGAAGAGCAAAUUUGGCAGUUGGCUGUGAGAUGGCUGGAGCACAACUGUCGGUAUCAGUACAUAGAUGAACUGCUGCAGUAUGUACGCUUUAGCCUCAUGGAUACAAAUACACUUCACACUGUCGUCUUUUCUCAUCCUCUGAUCCAAGCCAGAGAAACCUCUACAGCACUUGUCAAUGAAGCCUUGGAAUAUCACCAAAGUAUCUAUGCACAGCCAGUGUGGCAGACCAUACGGACAAAACCACGGUUCCAGUCCAGCACACUUUACAUUGUGGGAGGAAAGAAAAGGGAGAUCUGCAAGGUGCGAGAGCUGAGAUAUUUUAAUCCUGUUGAUCAGGACAAUGUUCAUAUUGCAGGAAUUGCAAACUGGAGUGAGUUGACGCCAAUGCCAGUAGGGAGAAGCCAUCACUGUGUGGCAAUCAUGGGUGACUUUUUAUUUGCUGCAGGAGGGGAGGUUGAACAUGUCACUGGGCGCACCUGUGCAGUGAGGACAGCCUGCCGAUAUGAUCCUCGCAGCAAUACAUGGAUUGAAAUAGCUCCAAUGAAGAAUUGCCGGGAGCAUUUUGUACUGGGUGCACUGGACAAUUGCCUUUAUGCAGUAGGGGGCAGAAAUGAGUUACGCCAGGUUCUACCAUCAGUAGAGCGGUACUGUCCAAAAAAGAACAAGUGGACUUUUGUACAAUCUUUUGACAGAUCUCUUUCGUGUCAUGCUGGAUGUGUUGCAGAUGGCCUUCUCUGGAUAUCAGGUGGGGUGACAAACACAGCACAAUACCAGAACAGACUAAUGGUGUAUGAUCCAAUACAGAAUAAGUGGAUUAGUCGCAGCCCUAUGCUGCAGAGAAGAGUUUACCAUGCCAUGGCAGCAGUCCAGAGGAAGCUUUAUGUCCUGGGUGGAAAUGAUUUAGACUACAACAAUGAUCGGAUUUUAGUACGACACAUAGAUUCUUACAAUAUUGACACGGACCAGUGGACACGCUGCAACUUCAACUUACUUACAGGGCAAAAUGAGUCUGGAGUUGCUGUUCACAAUGGAAGAAUUUACUUGGUUGGUGGUUACUCAAUUUGGACAAAUGAACCUUUAGCGUGUAUACAGGUGCUGGAUGUUAGCAGAGAAGGCAAAGAAGAAGUGUUUUAUGGACCUACACUACCUUUUGCGUCCAAUGGCAUAGCAACAUGCUUCUUACCUGCUCCGUACUUCACAUGUCCCAAUUUGCAGACUUUGCAGGUUCCACAUCAUAGAAUAGGCACAAUGUGAAUAUUUUCUUCACAAACAAUCCAGAAAGAACACAAAAUAUUUUCUUGUGAAUGAGAGAUAUAGCCGAGGUAAUUAAAACACAACCUUUAAGGUUUGUACCAUUUUUUUUUUAUAGCUAUAUAUCUGAAAAAAGCCUGUUCCAGGUGACAAGUCGCUCUAAUGCCAUAAGCAUCAAAUUAUAUUGUAAGCUGUUCAGUGCAGGAAAUCAUUGUGCCUGGAAACUACUGUACAGUAUUGCAAAAGAAUAUUCAACAUUAUGAUGCACAGAGAACAGUGACUCAGCAAAAAAUUCUAUACCCGUUUCCCAAUAAACUAGAGAAAAGGUGUAAUGGUUAGACCACUACGCUCCACAGUUUGUCACCGUCUCCACUGUCACUAAGCAUCUGCACACAUUUUUAAAGGGCAAUAGAUAAUGACAAGAAUUUCAACAUAUGCAACUGACUGGAUGUUUGUUAGGCAAAGAAAACGUCAAACACAAAAGAUUACUAUAACUUCAUGACGUGUAAAUAUUUUCCAUGUCGUUCCAAUCUUAACUUCAGAGCAGAACUUUGCAAUUACUUUCAUACAAAAAAAAAUAAACAUCUGUAAAAGGAACUGUGAUAAAGAAAUGUUGAGCUAUUGCAUUUCCAAUCUGUCAAUUUUGCUGCUAAUAAGUUAUUGAACAAUAAAGCAUAUAUUUCAUCAA